AAAAACAACAAUUCUCAUAAAAAUAAAAUACCCUUUUCUAUCCGUGUGAUUAUAGAGAAUUCUACUUUAUUUUUUAUUUAAUUCAUCUACUCAGUAAGAGGGUACGGUUACUAAUAUGACAAUAAUUUCGAAAUUACUGCCUGUUUUGCGCACAACACAAACUUUACAUUUCGUACCAGUUUUGAUUCAAGCAAAUAAACUUGGGAAUAGCCGGUAUUAUUCCACGAAUAAGGAUACAGGCUUAACUAAAAGUAAAGAUACAGCAGAAAUAUCCACCGAUGUUCGUCCUCUGGGAGAAAAAAUAAAAGAAACUACCAAAACUGUAUCUUAUACUGGUAUCAUUCUACUUGGAGUUGGAGUGACUGGAGUCAUUUUCUUCUAUGUAUUUAGAGAAUUGUUCUCAAGUAAUAGUGCCAAUAGUAUUUACUCGACAGCUCUUGAAAAAUGUAAAAAUGAUCCCAGGGUAGAAGAUGCCCUUGGUUCACCAAUCAAAGGUUACGGGGAAGAAACUACAAGGAGAAGGAGAACUCAUGUCAGUCAUGCAGUUUAUGAAAAAGAUGGUGUUAAACAUAUGAGAAUGAAAUUUUACAUAAAAGGCAUAAGAAACAAGGCUGUUGUAGAAUUAGAUAUGAAACAGAAUGAUUAUGGUAACUAUAUGUGCCGGUACCUACUAGUGCAAUUGGAUGACUACAGUGGAAAAACUUUUAUCAUUGAAGACAACAGAGCUGAGCUAGACCACCAAAACAAGUUUGGAGGAGCAUUACCUGCUUUGACACUCAAUCAGUAGAUUAAUAUAAAAUAAAUGUACAGUGUAAAAUAAAUUUAGAUAAGUAGAAUUUGUUUUCUUGUUGUACAGAAGCAAUUUGUACAUAA